AUGGACGUACGACGGAUAAUAAUCUUUGCGGUUAGCAACCCACUCCCGAUGAAUAGGCAUUCAGCUGGAAAGUACAUUUUGCUAAAAUUAGCAAAGGCAUUCGAUGUUGAUCUUAACCACCACCAGAGCUCCAAGCUGUAUACUGCAGCAACCUAUGAAAACUUCACUCUAGUGAAGUCACAGGUUUACAUGAAUGAAUCAGGAAAGGCGCUCCAAAGCUUCUUGAGAGAUCAGAGACCUUCACCGGAAGAUUCAUUAGUCAUAUUGUACGAUGAUUUCGAGUUGAAAACUGGUAAAAUAAGAUUAUCGCCCAUGAAGUCUCCCGAAUCGCAUAAUGGACUCAGUAGUUGCCAAAGCGUACUAAAUAAGAUGGACAGUAACCUCUUGAAGACGUCUAUUUUCAAGCUUGGGAUAGGGAUCGGCCCUAAGCCAAAAGACUCCAACAAACUUACAAUGUCUAGCUGGGUCCUUUCCAAAUUCAAGCCAAAUGAAAUUGAGGACUUGGAUGAUAUGUCUCUUAGAUUGGUGGCAGACUACUUGGAUUUUAUUUCUGACGAGAACAUACAGAGUGUAACUGACCAAACGGCAAGAGUCAAUAAGAUUUUUGCCAAGAAGAUCCAAAGAGGUGAAUACACAUGA